AUGGAAUACCUCCACCUGGGAACCAACUUGGAAGAGGAAUGUCCUCGAGUCCCCACUCGCAAUGCAUCCCAAGCACUGAAGGAUGCAUAUGACCGUUGGACGAAGGCCAAUGAUAAGGACCAAGUCUACAUCUUGGCAAGUUUGUUUGACUUUCUUACCAAGAAGCAUGAAGUCAUGAUGUUUGCAUGUCAGAUCAUGGAGUCCCUCAAGGACAUGUUUGGACAAUCGUCCAUUCAGAUCCGACAUGAGGCCCUCAAGUACAUUUACAAUGUGCACAUGAAGGAAAGCCAAUUAGUGAAAGAACAUGUUCUCGACCUGAUGACUUAUGAGUCUCUUUUGAAAGGUAAGGGACUAGUAGAAGGAGAGGCAAAUGUUGCCCAUUCUAGAAACUUCCACAAAGAUUCAUCCUCAGGAACUAAGUCUGAUUAUUCCUCCUCUGGUCCUAAGAAGAUCUAG